AUGGCUUGUCGCAUUAGCCGCCUAACACCGCAAAAUUCGGUUCUCUUCGUCUGCGAUCUCCAAGAGAAAUUCAGGAAUCAAAUCAAAUUUUUCCCGGAGAUCUGCCAAGUUGGACGACGUUUGGUCGAUGCGGCAAAGUUGCUUGACAUUAAGACUAUCGCAACUGAGCAAUACCCCAAAGGACUUGGCCAUCUCGUGCCUGAGCUUGGACUUCAAGAAAGACCCGACAUUCCGAUUUAUGACAAGAGCAAAUUUUCCAUGUGCAUCGAGCCGGCUCUUGCGCAUCUGCAAGGAAAGAAAAACGUGAUUCUUUUCGGGAUCGAGGCACAUGUUUGUGUCUUGCAAACGACGCUCGAUUUGCUGGAGAACAAGAUGAACGUUCACGUGGUUGUGGACGCUACAAGCAGUCGAACACAAGAAAACAGGAAGUACGCGUUCAAGCAAAUGAAGCAAGCCGGCGCCGUGCUCACCACGAGCGAAUGUGUGAUUUUGGGACUUCUCGGCGGUGCCGAUCAUCCACAAUUCAGAGAGGUGCAAAAGCUGAUCAUGGAAAGUGCUCCCGAUACUGGAUUGUGCAAAUUG